CCGAUCAUCUCAAUUUUUAGUUUGAGGUCCUGCGGUUUUGCCCUCUAGCCGAGCCAUGCGCAUGCGCACGGCUCGCCUCAUCAAUAACAUCUCCACGAGCAUUUGGCACUGACCUGGUGUUCCCAAAAACAAAACGUCGACAGAUUCGGGGUAUUGGAUGAUGGCAUCUGGAGGUAUGAUGCAGGCAGCGAUGCUCCUGUUGGUGGCCCAGCUCGUCCUCUGCCGCGGUGGUGCUGCGGAUGCGGACCGGGAGACGGGGACAGUCAUCCCCGCGGAAAGUCGCCCUUGCGUCGACUGCCAUGCGUUUGAGUUCAUGCAGAGAGCCCUGCAGGAUCUCAAAAAGACUGCUUUCAACUUGGACGCCAGGACCGAGUCGCUGGUGCUGAGGGCGGAGAGGAGGGCUCUUUGUGACUGCAUGCCCAGCUCGCUGCGCUGAAUCCUCAGAAGGUCCACGACUCUUUCAAAAUACUCAUGUACAGCAACUUUUGACUCCUAAGCCGCGGACACUUUAUUUUAAGCUCUUCCCAUAUCCAUAGACCAGUUUGCUUGGAAAUCUGAAACACAAAACGUGGAUAUGAAUGACCAGUUUUUGUUUGUUUUCAGUGAGAAGACUUGAGAGAAUCCACUCAUAUUUGUUGGGCUUUUUUUAGCACAGUACUGUAGCAUGAAAUCACAGCACCUUUUUGUAAGCGUAAAGUGUAUGGAUAGAAUUUUAGGUGACGUAAAUAUUGACACGUAACAAGCGUUUAUCCACAAAUGUGACAAGUGAAUAAGUUCUUGGUGGUGUAUACGGGGGGGGGGGGGGGGGGGUCG